ACGUGCUUGGCGUUGCACAAUGGCGCUGGGUAGCCAAUGACGACACGUGUGGUAUUUGUCGAGUGGCGUUUGAAGCUUGCUGUCCUGACUGCAAGUUUGCCGGUGACGAUUGUCCUUUAGUGUGGGGUCAGUGUUCACAUUGCUUCCACAUUCAUUGCAUAAUGAAAUGGCUCAACGCCCAGUCCGUACACCAUCAGUGCCCGAUGUGUCGCCAGGAGUGGAAGUUUCGAGAGUAGACUCAGAUUUAUUAUCACCUUUAUCAUUGUCUUACGAUUCUGAACUACCACCUCUACCUGAAAGCCUCAGUCGUUUAAGCCUGUAUGAUGUACCACCACGUAAUAAACCUGAACCUGCUCGGCGUCACUCACCUAAACCAACGGAACUUGUUGGCUCACCUAAACAAACACGUCAGUCGCCAAUACCAUCUGAACAUUCUGAUAAACGUCCAACUGAAAAACCGCCAGUUCCACCCAGGAAACCGUCAUCUGUUGACCUAAAACUAGCACAUCUCCGAAAUGAAAUGGCAAGCCUACGUCAAAUGGAUUUACAACUCCUGUCUCAGUUACGGCAGCUCAAUGAUUCUAUUAGUUCGUAUAGACAAGAAUUAAUCAUGAACAUGGACUCUUAUUCAUCAUCGGACACUGAUGGGUCAGAUACUACAUCAGUUUAUUCAAAUGUAACUCCUAGCAGUUUCGAUUUAUCUCGUUCCUCAACACAGUCAACUCCCAAACGUCCGCCGACAUCUACAGAUUUAUGAAAAUAUGGUAUUAAACACAAACUGGGCUGUCUUUUUAUAAAUAUUUUUUACUAAUAAUUAUUAUACAACAUUUGUAUUAUAUUAUGUAAUUACAAUUUAAGACAAUAAAAUUUACUUACUUUC